UCCAGUCCAUUCAGGGCCCAAUGGCAGUUGAAGCAGCUCUGGCAGGACUCCGGGCAGAAAUCAACUGUCCCAUCUGUCUGGAUGACCUGAGAGACCCUGUCACCAUCGAAUGUGGGCACAACUUCUGUCGCUCCUUCAUCCAGCAAUCGUCACCUGAUCUACAGGACUGGUUCCUGUGCCCUGUGUGCCGUCACCCAUGCCAAGAGACACACUUGAGGAGCAACACCCAGCUGGGAAGGAUGAUUGACAUCGCCAAGCUCCUCCAGGUCACCAGGAGCAAGAAGAAGCGGCAGGAAGGGAGUCGCUUGUGCAAGAAGCAUAGCCAGGUCCUGACCCUCUUCUGUGAGGAGGACCAAGAGGUGUUGUGUCCCCUGUGCACUGAGCCCCCUAACCACCAGGGCCACCAGGUGAGACCGGUGAAGGAGGCCGCCUCUCAUCACAGGCAAAGGCUCAGCAGUUACAUUGAGAAGCAGAUGGCAGAUGUUCAGAAAUUAAUAAGCAUUCAAAGCAAACAACUCUUAGAACUGAGAGAGAAGGUGCAAAAACAGAAACAGAAAUUAGCCUCUGAAUUUGAGCAUCUGACACAAUCUGUAGAGCGUGAGCAAGAGAAAGUUCUCUCAAGGUUAGCUGAAGAAGAGAAGGGCAUUCAACAGAAACUCAUUGCAAACACAACUGCAUUUUCAGACCACAUUUCCAACCUCAAAGCUCUAAAAAAGGAGGUGGCAGAGAGGCGUAAGAUGUCGGACGUGAAGUUUCUGAUGGGUAUCAGGAGUGUCCUUCACAGCUGUGGAAGCCUGCUACCCCCAGCUGUCUACUGGGUCCAGUUAAGGAGAGAAGAGUGCAGUCUUCCUCCACAGUACUCGGCCCUGCAGAAAAUUAUACAGAAAUUUAGAGAAGAAGUUACUCUGGAUCCCGAGACAGCACAUCCUAAUCUGCUUGUGUCUGAGGAUAGAAAGUCUGUGACAUCUGUGAGGAAAGAGCAAAGAGUUCAUUGGAAUCCAAAGAGAUUUCUGGUCGAUCCAGUUGUCCUGGGUUCUGAAGGGUUUGCUUGUGGCCGACAUUACUGGGAGGUCCAGGUGGGUGACAAGCCUGAGUGGGCUGUGGGGGUUUGUAAAGACUCCCUUACCAAGGAGAGAAAGCAGUUCCCACCAAGACGGAAGGGCAAAUGUUGGAUGAUUCAGCUGCGGAAUGGUGAUUAUGUGGCACAAGGGUCUGUUCCUGUUGCCCUUGUGCUGAAGGAAAAGCCCAGAGGGAUUGGCAUCUAUCUGGACUAUGAGUUGGGUCAGGUUUCAUUUUACAGUUUGAAUGACAUGUCUCACAUCCAUUCUUUCAUGGAUACAUUUUCUGAAGUGCUAAAGCCUUACUUCUAUGUCGGAUGUGAUUCCAAACCACUUACAAUCCGUGCUGUAAGAGAUUAUGAAGGGUGA